UGUUAUGCGUCCCUAAGGAGGACAACACCAGCCUCCUCGUUUGGAAUCCGUAUUUGGGACAAACAAGGUGGAUCAAACCCACAAGUAAUUCCCACUUGUUUGAGAGGUAUGCUCUCGGAUACGACAACAACCGUAACCACAAAAUCUUUAGGUUUUUAAAUGAUUACGAUGAGAAUGCUGAGCAACGAAUUGUUGAGUUCGGAAUCUUCGAUCUUAAGUGUAAUAUAUGGAAGGCUCUUGAUGUCACUCCCGACUGGUAUAUGCCACACUUUUUUUGUCGGUGGGUGUCCGUGAAGGGAAAUACUUACUUUGUUGCUCAGAAAAUAUUGGGAGGAGGAAUGCGCACAAAUUUUUUACUCUGCUUUGAUUUUACAAAAGAGAGUUUUGGACGGCAUCUGGAUCUGCCGUUUGACUCUCAUCCUGAAUAUGGUGUGACUCUAUCUUCUGUUAGAGAAGAGAAGCUUGCAGUGUUAUUUAAAAAAUGGAUUACAACUAAGAUUGAGCCCAACGCGGUGUCAUGGAGCUACUUCUUGAAACUUGAUAGGACACUUUUCAUUGGAAUACAGGCAUCUCUGAGUUUCUUCAUCGACGAGAAGAAGAAAAUUGCAGUGAUUUAUUUUAAAGACAGAAAAGAGAGCAACAACUUCACAGCUUACAUGUGUGGAGAAGAUGGAUACUGCUACCAAGAAGUGCAUCUUGGAGAAUCUGCAUCUGCAUCUCGGCCAUUUGUGUACACUUAUGCUCCAAGUUGGGUGCAGAUCCAGUAAUGUCUCCAGUAUUAUCUCUACAAGGAUGUUUUUAUUUUUUUUGGUUUUGUUUCUUGCAUCUCUACAAGGAUCUUUUUUCGGAUCCAAGACCAACAUAUUUCCUCUGUUAUGAUAAGAAUCGCUUAUCUGAUCAUAGAAACAGUAC